AUGGCGAGUGAUUACAGAUGCGUGGGUUGUGGGUUUAGGGUUAAGUCUUUGUUCAUUCAAUACUCUCCCGGAAACAUUCGUCUCAUGAAAUGCGGAAAUUGCAAGGAAGUAGCAGACGAGUACAUCGAGUGUGAACGCAUGAUUAUUUUCAUCGAUUUAAUCCUUCACAGACCCAAGGUUUAUAGACACGUUCUGUACAAUGCAAUCAAUCCAGAAACUGUAAAUAUUCAGCAUCUGUUGUGGAAGCUGGUAUUGGCGUAUCUUCUUCUAGACUCUUCCUUAAAAAUCGUCAAAGAUAGAAGCUUUCUACUGAGAAGAACUGAUCAGGGUUGGAGCUUUACUGAGAGCUCAGGUCUUAUGUCUGUAAAGGUUCUCAUCGGCGUCCUAUCUGCAAACGUUGCAUUUAUCUUCUCUUUCGCCAUCGCGGCUAAGGGUUUGCUGAAUGAAGUUUCCAGAAGAAGAGAGAUUCUAAUGGGAAUAUUGGUCUCGAGUUACUUCAAGAUCUUUCUGCUAACUAUGCUGGUAUGGGAAUUCCCAAUGUCAGUGAUCUUCAUUGUAGAUAUACUUGUCUUAACAUCAAACUCCAUGGCUCUUAAAGAUGCAUAG